GACCAGCUGCAGCAGCAGCGGCGGCAGCAGCUCGGUGGAGAAUAGAUCCUCUAUGAACGCCCUUCAGACUGACUUGCCUGUGAAUCACAUUUUCCACCUACAACACUGUUACUUCAGACUGGGCCCCUCCGAAGGAACACAUGCAACAAAAGCUUUCCUCCUUCACCGAUCACUUCACUGAAACUCUGCUCAGCUGGCAACUUUUAAACAAGUCAGAAAGUUACAAAGAAGAGCACAAUCGACUAAUCGGAAACUUGAAGACUUACCACUCAAGUUUUUUUUUCUCUUUGAUGGAAGAUCAUGAGCGAGUGUCGGAAUAAUGCCCUCUUCAUUCCUCUGUCACAUUUAAUCAAUCAGCCCCGAUGGAGUCGAAUAAGUUAGCGAACAAGUGUUUCUGCCCUGAUCGAUGGUAGUUAUUGAUACAUCGUUGUUGAUCAUCGGGAGUAUUGAUCUGUGCUGACAUGGAUCUCCAGGUGAUCGUCUGGCUCUUUUACUGCUUUCUGAUGCCCACCGUGCUCUUGACAGCAUGUCUGUUUCGCUACAACAUCCUGUCACUGGUUCACUUCCUCUACCUGCUGCUGCUGCCAUGGUUCCUCUGUCCAAACAAGCACACAAUCAGAGGUCACACAGGUCGCUUCAUCAGAGCGGUGUUCUGUACCAGUCUGCUGUUUGUACUGGCUCAUAUCUGCUUCCAGACAGUUCUAUACACAUACCCUCCUCUCAACAUUGCCAUCGGUGACAACUGUUCACAAUGGGACACCAUAACCAGACAUAUCGUACUGUCCAGGCUUCCCAUGGAUGAUCCAUGGAGUGUGUUACGCCUUCUGUGUCCUGACCUGGGUGUGUGUGUGGUCUCCUUGAUAACAGUCAUCCUCUGCAACAGACUGCUGAGGAACAGAGAGAUGGUGGCUGCUGCUAACAUUACAUCGCUUGAAGAUUAUACAACAGAAAAAAAUGCAGAUGAGGAGGAGGAGGAGGAUGAGGAGGAGGCGGAGGAGGAGAAAGAGGCAUCAGGGGAUGAAGAUGAAGAAGAAAAGUCUUUACCUGGUGACCCCGAUGAGGAGGUUUCCACAGCAACCAAAGCCAAGCAGCUGGCCGAGCGUCUGAAGGCCACAGCCCGGAAAGUUCUGCGGGACCUGGGGAGAAUCUUGGCCAUAAGCCUGCUGGCUUUGGCUGGCAUCACCCUGCCCUCUGCCUUCUCAGCCAUCUACUUCCUGCUUUUCAUCGGCGUGUGCACGUGGUGGGCAUGCCAUCUUCCCAUCAGUCACCUGGGUUUCAAUGCGCUGUGUGUGAUGGUUGGCUUCUUCACUGCUGGUCACAUGGUGUGUCUGUACCUGUACCAGAGUCUGCUGGCCCAGGCCCUGUUUCCCCCUCACAGUCUGUGGGCCAGACUCUUUGGACUGAAGGACAUCAUCGUACCAGGAAACUGCUCCUCACCCUAUGACCUGAACCUCAAUGACAAUCAUGAUUGGCCUGUUUACGUCAACCCAGGAAUACUCUUCCUCCUCUAUAUUACCAUAGCAACCGUUCUCAAGACAGGAUGUCAUGCAACACCUAACCAGGAGGAGGAGAAGAAGCAGCAAGAGAAAGGAGAUGAGGAAGAGAUGGUGGCGUUAAAGUCAUUGAAUCAACCAAAAGAGGACUAUGAAGAUGACACACAGCUCAUGCUGCUGUCUAUGGGCACAGAGGGCAGCAGAGGAGGAACUGCAGCUGGAGAGACGGAGCCAGAUCUGGGUGUCAGUGGCCCCACUGGCCCCCGACAGAGCGAGAGCCCGUUCUUCCUGCUGGGGAAGGUGGUCAUGCAGCAGAGCUAUGUCUGUGCUCUCAUCGCCAUGAUGGUUUGGAGCAUCACGUACCACAGCUGGCUGACCUUUGUGCUGCUGCUGUGGGCGUGUCUCAUCUGGAUCCUGCGGGCCAGGCGGCACGCAGCCACACUGUGCUCUCCGUUCAUCCUGCUGUACGGCCUGGCUCUGUGCUGCCUGCAGUACGUCUGGGCCAUGGAGCUGCAGCCUGAACUGCCCACCACAGUGGGCACCAUGAGCCUCAGACAGCUGGGACUGGACAGAGCCAAGUACCCCUGCCUCAGACUGGGAGCUAUGCUCCUGUUCACUUUAACCUUCUGGCUGUUGGUACGUCAGUCUGUGAAAGAAAACUUUAGCAGGAAAAGGAAAAUGGCCACACCACUACAGGAAGUCACUACAGGAGAAGAGGGAGCAGGUAAUGAGUCGGUGCUGAAGGUUUUGGGAGGCAUGGUGAUGAGCUGUUACGCCAAGUACUGGAUCUAUGUGUGCGGAGGGAUGUUUAUCAUGGUCUCCUUUGCUGGAAAACUUGUUGGAUACAAAAUCAUCUACAUGCUGCUGUUCCUGCUCUGCCUCUGUCUCUAUCAGGUGUAUUACUCUCUGUGGAGGCGCCUAUUGAAGAUCUUCUGGUGGCUGGUUGUGGCCUACACGAUGCUGGUGCUCAUCUCCAUCUACACUUACCAGUUUGAAGACUUCCCUGGAUAUUGGAGAAACUUUACUGGUUUCACAGAAGAACAGCUGGCAGCGAUCGGUCUGGAGACGUUUGCUCUGUCCGAACUCUUCAGCAGCAUCCUGAUCCCCGGCUUCUUCCUGCUGGCCUGUAUUCUGCAGCUGCACUACUUCCACAAACCCUUCAUGAGAAUCACUGACCUGGAGCAUGUGACACCCAUACACAAGAAGAAGAGCAUUGAGAGGACAGAGCAGACCGUCUCUGCUGAUGAGGGAACCACCUUUGAAGAGGAAGACCUGGGGACCAACAUCGAUGAGGAGUCUGAGGAUGAAGAGGAGCUGGUGCCCAGUAAGUGGGGUCUGGUGAUGGACAGGUUACUGGUUCUGUCCAGAAGAUUCUCAGACAUUCUCACCAAAAUCCAAGUGUUUCUCUGGAGGCUUCUGGAGCUCCACAUCCUCAAGAUGGUGGCCUUCUUCUCUGUGUGGGUUUCACUCCAAGAGCCGUCCGUGAUGAACCUGUUCCUGGUGGUGCUGUGGUCUCUGGCGAUGCCGUACGGCCGCUUCAGGCCCAUGGCGUCCUGUCUGUCCACAGUGUGGGUGUGUGCCAUCAUCGUGUGUAAGAUGCUCUACCAGCUCAGUGUGGUCAACCCUGCUGAGUACUCCAGUAACUGUAGCUUGCCACUAACAAAUGCAACCAACCUGCUGCCAGAGGAGAUGAUGAACUCCUCUCUGUAUAAGAACCCAGUGGAUCCAGCCAAAUGGUUUGGCAUCAGGAAAGAUGCCACUGUACUGGGAUACAGCAAGGACCAUUUAAUGGUGCUGAUGCUGUUGGUGUUUGAGGCAACAGUGUAUCGUCACCCUCACCACUACCGUCAGCUGCAGCGGUCUCCCCCCACCAUCCCUGCUCUGUUUCCCGCCGCCACCAGGGACACUCUGGACCAGGGCCUCCUCCCCUGCUUCAAGUACCUGCUCAACUACACCUUCUACAAGUUUGGAUUAGAGAUCUGCUUCCUGAUGACGGUGAAUGUGAUUGGCCAGCGGAUGAACUUCUUGGUGAUCAUCCAUGGCUGCUGGUUGGUGGCCAUCUUGGUGAGGCGGCGGCGAGCAGCUAUAGCCAGGAUCUGGCCCAAAUAUUGUCUCUUCCUGUCCAUCUUCAUGAUCUACCAGUAUCUCCUGUGUGUGGGCAUACCACCCGCUCUCUGCAGAGACUAUCCGUGGAGGUGGAACACUCCAGUGUUGAUGAACUCAGCUCUCAUUAAGUGGAUCUACCUGCCCGACUUCUACACUGUGCCCAACUCCAAAAACCUUAUAGCUGACUUCGUGCUGCUGAUGUGUGCGUCCCAGCAGUGGAAGGUGUUUGAGUGUGAGCACACAGAGGAGUGGAUGGUUCUGGCCGGAGAGAACAAGGACGACCCUGAACCCAUGGAUGGUCGCCUGUUUAACCCUGCACCCAACUUCAUCAACUGCAGGAGUUACCUGGACAUGGCUAAAGUUUUGGUGUUUCGUCACCUCUUCUGGUUCGUGCUGUCGGUGGUCUUCAUCACCGGGGCCACAAGGAUCUCAGUGUUUGGACUGGGCUACCUGCUGCUGGCCUGCUUUUUUUUCCUGUUGUUUGGGACGCGGCUGUUGGUCAAAUCCUCCAGGACCCGCCUCAUCCUCUGGGACUGUCUCAUCAUGUACAAUGUGGCAGUUAUCAUAUCUAAAAAUAUGCUAUCAAUCCUGGCGUGUGUGUUUGUGUUUGAGAUGCAGAAGGGUUUCUGUUGGGUGAUUCAACUCUUCAGCCUGGUUUGCACGGUCAAAGGAUACAUGACCGUAACGAAAGCAGUGAGUGACAAAACGUGCAGCCUCCCUGUAGAGGAGGCCGGGAUCAUCUGGGACGGUAUCUGUUUCCUCUUCCUGCUGCUGCAGAGGAGGGUCUUUCUCAGUUACUACUUCCUGCAUGUGAUUGCCGAGCUGCAGGCUUCUGCCAAACAGGCCUCCAGGGGGUUUGAGCUCUUCAGAGCCAGUAUCGUGAAGAACAUCAAGUUCCACCAACAAGCUGAGAAGAAAUCACUGUCACAGCUCAAGAGAUCGAUGCAGAGAAUUCGCUCCAAGCAGCAGAAAUACAGAGAAGGACACAAAUCAAGUGAAGAUCCUGAUGAGAGUCAGACUGCAGAGAGCCAGAAAGACAAGAAAAGCUCCAAGAAGAAAAAGUGGUACCAGCCGUGGUUGGAUCAUGCUACAGUGCUCCACUCAGGAGAGUACUACCUGUUUGAAUCAGACAGUGAGGAUGAAGAGGAGUCUGAAGAACAGAAGCCUCAGAAACAAACUGCCAGUCAGUUGGCAUACCAGGCGUGGGUGACCAGUGUGAAAGCAGCUUUGAGAGAACGUCAGAGACACCAGAGACAGUUGAAGAGGAUUGAGAAGAAAGAGAAAGAGAAAGAGAAAGAGAAAGAGAAAGAGAAAGAGAAAGAGAGAGAACAAAGAGUGGAUUCACAACAGGAGGCUUUUUCUGUGAUAGGUUGUGGAGACAAUGACGUGUUUGAGGACCCCGUCCUUCAGGAGGAGGUGGAGGAGCCAGAGGAACAGGAGUCUGGUCACGGUGAGAUGGUUCAAAGGAUCUUGGACAUCCUGCGCUUCUUAUGGGCCAUCUUUCUGGCCAUGGUGGAUGGCCUGACUCAGUGGCUCAACCUGCUGACUAAACAGUACAGAGAAACAUCGACUGUUCUGUGCAACGAACGCUACUUCAUCAUACACAAGAUACAGCAGCAACAUCCAACAGCAGACUCCACAGAUGACCAGAUAUCUCAGGACAGUGAGAUUCCCACACUGGAGACAUGCUUGGAUGAGACUGAUGCAGACUCCACCAGAUACAGCUGCCUCGAGGUAGAUAGCGGAGGUGUGACAGGCCGCUCUACCCCUCGGCCGAGGCUCAACAGCACGGGGAACCUGUUGAGUCCUGAACCCCCAUCCAGCAGCAUGGAGCUGUUACCAGCACCAAGCUGCAAACAACAACACAGACACUCCAGGACAGCCAGCGAGCUGCUGGGAGACAGGCAGUUCUUCAUCGAGGAGCUGGAACAGAGCAGAGAGUUCUACAACAACCAGAGCCGCCUGCUGAAGCUGCUGUUUGCCUUGUACAAUCUGCUGGCAGCCAACUCCGAGCUAGUCUGCUAUUUCAUCAUCGUGUUAAACAAUGUGGUCAGUGCCUCGGUCAUAUCUCUGGUCCUCCCCAUACUGGUGUUCCUGUGGGCUAUGCUGUCUGUUCCAAGACCAACCAAGAGGUUCUGGAUGACCGCUAUAGUCUACACAGAGGUGAUGGUGGUGGUGAAGUACCUUUUCCAGUUUGGAUUCUUCCCGUGGAACAGUGUUUAUGAGAUGACUUUAAAUGAAGACAAACCCUUCUUCCCACCUCGCAUCCUGGGCCUGGAGAAGACCGACAACUACAUCAGAUACGACCUCCUUCAGCUGCUGGCUCUGUUCUUCCACAGAUCUCUGCUCAUGCGUUAUGGUCUGUGGGACCACGAGGGCCCCCUGGAGGAAGAGAGCCCCUCGCCAGAGAGCGUCAAUGAUGAAGGAAAAACUAGAGAAGGAGGUGAGGGUGAUAGGAAGAAGAAAGGAAGAGGAGAAGAGGAAGAGGAGGGCAGAGUGAGCUCAGCAUCCACACUGGAAAACCUGGAAGCGACUGAAGUGGAUCCACUUCUAAAGGAUCAUGGGGACUAUGUUGAACCAAGUACCAGUUCUGCUGCUGCAACCACACAACCUGCUGCAGCUGAACCAGCACCCACCGGCUCCAAAGAUGGACAGGAACCUCCUUCAGAGCUGAUGGUCAUCUUGAGUCCUCCCAGCAGGCCCGGGGAGGAGAAGAUGGAGGGAGACACUGAGCAGGUUAUAGAGGAAGUCCCAAAGAAAAGCAGCAGCAUCCGCUUCCGCAAGAAAUCAAAACCCAAACGGCAGUUCAGCAAAGUGGAGUCGACAGCUGAGAGUGCAGAUCCUGCUGAGGAACCAGUGAAGAAGAAGAAGCAGAAAGGCAGGAGGGCAGAGGCAGCCAGUCAGAGGUUAAUUGCUGUGGGAAAUAAGAUAAAACAUGUCUGCAUCUCUGGUGUUCAGAGUGUGUAUAAGCCGGUGCAGGGGUUCUUUGGGGGCAUCCUCCACGCUGAGUAUCGGGCUGCCACAGAUGUCUACGCCCUCAUGUUCCUUACCGAUGUCAUCGAUUUCAUCAUCAUCGUCUUUGGCUUUUGGGCUUUUGGGAAACACAGUGCAGCUGCUGACAUCGCCUCCACCCUGUCAGAGGACCAGGUUCCUGAGGCCUUCCUGGUGAUGCUGCUCAUCCAGUUCAGCACCAUGAUCAUCGACAGAGCCUUGUACCUGCGCAAAGCUGUCCUAGGAAAACUCAUCUUCCAGGUGAUCCUUGUUUUUGGGAUCCACCUGUGGAUGUUCUUCAUCCUGCCUGCUGUCACUGAAAGGAAGUUCAAUCAGAACUUUGUGGCCCAGCUCUGGUACUUUGUCAAGUGUAUUUACUUCGGCCUGUCAGCCUAUCAGAUCCGCUGUGGUUACCCCACUCGUAUCCUCGGCAACUUCCUCACCAAGAAAUACAACCACCUCAACCUGUUUCUCUUCCAAGGGUUUCGUCUGGUGCCGUUCCUGGUGGAGCUGCGAGCAGUGAUGGACUGGGUUUGGACGGACACCACUCUGUCUCUGUCAAACUGGAUGUGUGUGGAGGACAUUUAUGCCAACAUCUUCAUCAUUAAAUGCAGCCGUGAGACAGAGAAGAAAUACCCCCAGCCUAAAGGACAAAAGAAGAAGAAGAUAGUGAAAUACGGCAUGGGUGGACUCAUCAUCUUCUUCCUGAUCUGCAUCAUCUGGUUUCCCCUUCUGUUCAUUUCACUGGUCAGAUCAGUGGUGGGUGUGGUCAAUCACCCCAUCGAUGUCACGGUGACAGUCAAGCUCGGAGGAUAUGAGUCCCUGUUCACCAUGAGUGUGCAGCAGCAGUCCAUCCAGCCUUUUACAGAGGCUGAAUACGACCAGCUCACUAAAGAAUUUGGAGACAAUGCGGUAGCCAUGCAGUUCAUCACUCUCUACAGUUAUGAGGACAUUGUGACGGCCAUGAUUGAAGGUAGUUCAGGAUCAGUUUGGAGGAUCAGUCCUCCCAGCAGACAGGAAGUCAUUAAAGAGCUGCUUGGGAGUCCUGUAGACCUAACACUACGUCUAGCCUGGACCUUUCAAAGGGACCUGGGUAAAGGAGGGACAGUGGAACACACAUUUGAUAAACACUCUAUAGACCUGGAACCUGGGAACCCAGUCAGAGCAGAUCUGGCCUCACUGCUGGUCGGCAACCGCACUGAGCCUGUGCUUGUUCCUCAUAUGUUUCCUAACUACAUCCGUGCCCCCAAUGGAGCUGAGGCCAAACCUGUCAGUCAACUGUAUAAAGGUAAUGAAGACGGUUACCUGAACAUAACCCUGUCACUGAUGAGUGACAGGUCACUGAAUGGCAGUGGGAACCAGGAAUGGUGGGACAUUGCCAUCGCCGGCUGUGCCUCCUCCUCGUGUGGAGUCCUACCGAUGGUCAUAUUCAACGACAAAGUCAGUCCACCCAGCCUGGGCUUCCUGGCUGGAUAUGGGAUCAUGGGUCUGUAUGUGUCUGUGGUCUUGGUCAUUGGGAAGUUUGUACGAGGCUUCUUCAGUGAGAUCUCUCACUCUAUCAUGUUCGAGGAACUGCCUUGUGUGGACCGCAUCCUGAAGCUCUGCACAGACAUCUUCCUGGUGCGGGAAACAGGAGAGCUGGAACUGGAAGAGGAACUUUACUCCAAACUGAUCUUCCUGUAUCGAUCUCCAGAGACUAUGAUCAAAUGGACCAGGGACAUGCACAGUCAAGACCAGGACAGAUACUGACUGACUGACUUUGGUUGUAUUAGAACACAGUGAUAUCUGAAGCACACUUCAAAGGUGUCCAGGGGACAGCAUAAUGGCCACUCCUCACCUGAGUGGACACUGCCUUAGAGGACACAAAGGAGACACAUGAAAGGAGUUGUACACUAAAGAAAUUCUGUAUAAAACAUCUCCUGUUGCAUCUUCACAGCUGCCUCAGCACUUUGAUCAAACCAGCUGACGCUAUAGAAUAGUACAGAAUAUUGGGAGUGCCACUGCAGUCCCACAGCUGGCGGGACGUAUGGCAGCUCCAUGUCUGGCCGGCAGGAUUUAGACACAAUAUCCCUGGAAAGUAACGGUCAACGUGAAUUAAUGGUCAGAGGUCAAAGGUCAAACACGAGACGUUAUUAACGACCUUUGUGAAUUUGAGCCACCUGAGUGACUGUGGCUGACAGCAGGUGGAACCUCCUGCAGUGACUGGAUCAGUAUGCUGAUUGAUUUGAAAACACGCCAUGCUGUCAAUCAGACUUUGAGAUGUUUCAUUUCUUCUUGUGAAAGUAACGUGCAUGUUGCAGCCGCGUUUAAUUGACUUGACAUCAUGACCCGAUGUUUCACAAAAAAGGUCUGAUUUAGAUUUAGGCCAUUUUAGCUCAUACUUCACUUGUCAGAAGUAGCCAAAUUCUGAGUAUGGACUUGUCAAAAACUUUCAUUCCCACAACAUUGGUUAACAUUACUGACAAGUUGCAAUAAUGUUUUAAAGAAAAGAUUUUAAUCUAAUG